AGAGAAUGUCUUUCUUCAGCAGGAAGAAGGCCACAAACCAUGCGCCCUCAAACUCGACUCAGGUCACUGUAGGCGUGUCCGCCAGUCAGGCUCUCGCUCAGACCAAGGAGGCCGCCGAACGGCAAGCCCUCGCUCAGCAGCAGCAACAAGCCGCUCAGGCACAGCAGCAGGCACAGGCGCAAGCGCAGGCUCAGCAACAACAACUGGCAAGGGAAAGGGAAUUGGCUGCGACGCAAGCACAGAAAGAGCGAACAGAUGCAAAUGGGUCGGCAGCACCGCCCAACAGCUUGUCGCCCGCCAACGGGCCCCAAAAGCAGCCAGCGUACCCAUGGUCAACGCGACGCUUACAGUUCCCGCCUCCCGCCAUCCUCCCUAAACCGGGCGUCGCACCGCCUACUACUCCUUCGCCCUCACCAUUUCCUCGAUACGGCCACUCAUUACCUGCAGUGGCGACACAAGCGGGAGAGCUGUUACUUUUUGGCGGUCUUGUCAAGGAUACUGUUCGCAAUGAUCUAUAUUCUUUCAACACUCGGGAGCUGUCUGCGACCCUCCUUCAAACGGCCGGGGAGGUGCCUUCACCACGUGUUGGUCAUGCCAGCGCGCUCGUCAGCAGUGUCCUCAUCGUCUGGGGUGGUGACACCAAAUCCGACGGCCGACCAUACGUCUCUGACACGCAAGAUGAUGGCUUAUAUUUGCUCAAUCUUGUCACUCGUGAAUGGACCCGUGUUGCUAUUACUGGACCUGCUCCAGCCGGCCGAUACGGGCAUGCCGUUGCGAUGGUUGGUACUCGUUUCUACGUCUUUGGUGGCCAGGUGGAUGGAGAAUUCCUGAAUGACCUAUGGGCGUUCGAUCUCAACACUUUGAGAACCAAAGCUGCCUGGGAGCUGAUUAAGCCUUCAAGCAACGAAGGUCCCGCCAAGCGCACGGGUCACACCUGUAUCACCUAUGGAGACCGGAUUAUUAUGUUCGGCGGUACUGACUCGCAAUAUCAUUAUAAUGAUACAUGGGCAUUCGACACCAACACCCGUGAAUGGUCAGAACUCAAUUGCAUUGGUUUCAUCCCAUCACCGCGGGAAGGCCACGCUGCUGCGCUUGUUAACGACGUGAUCUACAUCUUCGGUGGUAGAGGCGUCGAUGGUAACGACCUCGGUGACCUUGCUGCAUUCAAAAUCUCCAAUCAACGAUGGUAUAUGUUUCAAAAUAUGGGUCCUGCGCCGAGCGUCCGCAGUGGGCACCGAAUGGCGGCUGUCGGAACGCGCGUCUUCGUUCUUGGUGGCGAAUCUUCAUCAACUGGCCCCGCUGAUGACCCGACAAUCAUACAUGUUCUGGAUACGAAACACAUCAAGUACCCGGAGCCGAGUAAGCCGCCUCCACCUGAUGCGCAGAACACGACUGCACCACGUCGGCCGUCGGUCACUUCCGGACAGUCCCCCCAACCUUCGCCGCCAACUCAGCACACCAUGCCGAAUGGCGCUGCCCAGCGAGCCAUGUCUCCGACGGCACGACCGGCAGCAGAUGCAGAAGAUCUUCGCCGGGCUAUUUCUCCCCCAGGUACACGUCCAAAUGGAGGUCAAAAGUUAAUGAACGGUAUAGCUCUCGGAGCAGCUUAUCCGAAUGCUUCCAACUCUAAAGGCAAAGCACCUACGCGCUCGCGGCGGGACGGCGACGAUCAGUACGCCGGCUCUGAUGAGGGCGGGGACAGCGCGGCAGAGAAUUCUGCGCGUGAGCGCGCCAUGUCCCCCGACGCCAGCAGGUCCAAGAGCCCUUCUUCGCAAGAACCCGUAAGUAUGUUAGCGCGCUCUAUGUCACCACAGCAGAUGCAGAUGCAAGGUGAAGCCUAUCUGCCUAAUGCAAAUGGCCAGCCGCAAUCGCCUGCGAACAUGGCUAGCAUUGCAAUGCAACGCAAUGCGCAGCGCACGCGGACUCCGUCGCCUAUUGUUGACCGCACAAGACCGCCUGACAGUUACUCGCAAACUGGACGAUCGUCUCCGACUGUGGUUAAUGGAUAUAGUCCUGGACACACGCGUCCUGGUUCAACGGGUAACGUUACAGCGGACCUGAUUCGCGACUUGAAGGUUAAGGAAGCAGAAGUGGAGACAUUGAAGAACCGCCAGGCUUGGAUGAAGGCUGCACUUCGGAAUGCCACCAAUGCUGGAUUUUCCCUUGCAGAAGGGGAAGUAGACCUGAAUGACGAACCCGACAGACGAAGUCCCGCAAGUGACGAACCGGAUGUCAAAGCUCUUGUAAAUAUGAUCGUGAGACUGAAGCAGGAAACUUCCCGAGUCCAGACUGAGCUGGCUUCACAAGUUCGCAAUGCUUCAGAGCGCUUCCAAGAAAUGGAGCGUACACAGAAUGCUGCGGUCAAGGAGGCAACGUUUUAUCGCGCCAAGCUCGCGGCACUCGAAAACAGCAAUCCAGACGAGGCAUCUCGAGUGGACCGACAGCGCAUUACUGAACUUGAGCGUCAGGUUUCGGCACUUGCACGGGAACGCACGGAGCAGACGAAACAAGUCGCAGAGUUAAGUAGCAUGGUGACUGUUCAGACUCACAUUGCGGAACAUGCAGAAGCUCGAGCUGCCGAGGCAGUUCGACGUUCGGAUGCACUUCAGGAAAUGCAUGAUCGUGCCAUGCAGCAGCAUGCAGAGUUGCAGGAUCGUAAUAAUGAGUUGGAGGGUGCAAUGCAAGAACAUAGUAGUCGCCUGCUGGAGCAUGUAGCGAAGGCUGCUACAUUGGAAGCGGAACGUGUCUCUCUUGACUCACGAAUGGAAGAGCUCACGGCAUCGAAGGAGCAACAUAUUCGUGCACUUGAACAGGCACGCGCUGCGCUGACAGCAUCUUCCUCGAGGACUGAAGAGCUUGAGGCUCAGUGGAGGCAAUCUCGUGAUAAAGUCAUCCAACUCGAGAUUGAUCUGGCGGAAGUCAGGAAUGAUCUCGAGACACGGAAUUCUGAGGUAGAAUCACUGUCUCAACGCCUUAUGGAUGCAGAGAACUCGUGGGCCAAGUCCCGUGAAGAGGCCGAUCAACUGCGAGCUCUGACGACUGGUGGUCUUGGUGAACUCCUUGAUAUGCAUCGUGACCUCAAGUCCGAUGAGGACCGUGUUACACGUGGGCACGAGGAGAAGAUACACGCGAUGGAGAUGGAGGCCGUCUCACUACGCAACAUGGUCAAAGAAGCUGGACAACGUGUCGAAUCGUCGCAACAGGAACUUGUCCAAGUGCGGAACCAUGCAAAAGAUGCGGGGAAAGAGAGUCAUUCAUUACGGACCCAGCUAAAUGGUAUUCGCGUUCAGCUGCAGAGCGUUGUUGCUGAAACUGGCAGAUUGCGUAAUGAGCUGUCAGCUAAGGAGACUGAGUUGCAAGAAAAGACGCAAUUGGCUGCGGAUGCGGACUUGCGAUUGGCGAUGUUCAGGAACUACUUUGCCGAGCAUGGCGAGGUUAUCGAUGAGGACGAUCUGAAGGCGAAGAUUGGAGAGGCCCCUGCUCGUGUAGUCGAGCUUGAAAAUAAAUUAGCAGCACGCAUGCGUUUGCAGGAUGGAAUGGAAAGAGAUCUGGAUGUUGCAAUUCGCCGAAGAGACGAGUUGGAAAUGCAAGUGAAGAAGCUCGCAAAUCAACUAGAGCAUAUGCGUGCUACUCAAAGCCCGGGUGCUAAUAAGAGUGACGAACAAUGGGAGACUCGUGCCUUGGAGGCAGAGCAGAAGCUCGUUGAAACGGAACAAUCAUUCAAGACGAAGUUACAACAGAUGGAGGACGACUACCAGCUGGCUGUUAAGUACGUGAAGGGUACCGAGAAGAUGAUGCGUCGCAUGAAAGAUGAAGUGAACAAACAAAAGUCACUUAAUGCUUCUUUGGUAUCUGAACUUGAAGCUCGUGGCGGCUCCAGUUCGGAAGUGCUCGCGCGCGUCCGAGGCGUCAAUGGGCGGAAUACUCCGCUCUCCGACGACGGAUACGAUAGUCUCCGAGUUCAACUCGGUGAUGCCCAACGACAAAACCAGCGCCUCACGUCCGAGAAUAAGGACUUGCGAAGGCGGAUGGAAUCUUUGGAACAAGAGAUUGAAAAUCUACGGACUAAUCUCGUCGCCUCGCAGAGAGAAGCAGACGAGCGACUUAGCCACGUCGAAGACCUUGAACAGGACAUCGAGCGUCUCGAAUCUGCUUUGGCCGUUGCCCGUGGUGGUCAUGAUGAGUCGGCUUUGGAACGACUGGCUCUCGAAAAUGCUACGCUCAAGCGCGAAAACGAGCAACUUUCACAGAAGAUUGACCUGCUUUUAGAAGAUGACCAAUCUGCAUUUGGUGGUCGUGAACGACCGAUAUCAGAAAUCUCAGAACGACGGGCGAGUAACUCAAGUGCAGAGAACGAUCUGGCGUUCCAACAUUUGUCGAAUGAGCUUGACGACUGGCAGAGACAGCUUGCGAGUUCCAUGAGUGCUCGACGUCCCUUGAGCGAUCUGGAGGACCGUGUCGUUGGUGGCCACGAACGGACAAGAUCACGCUCAUAAUGAAAUUCCGUAAUUAUUUAUGCCACCGGUACCUUUUUUAUCGCUUUCUCUUCUCCUUUCUCUUCCUAUUUUUUCUUACCGCGGCUGAUACCCUCCUCAUCCAUUCUAUGUCCAUAUUAUAUUUCGUUCCCUUAUAUAUCUGAUGCAUCUUGUCCUGUCUUUCGCUUUUUCGUUUUUUCCUACCCUUUCUUCCUGACGGAACCUUAUGCUUUUAUGCCAAUUUCGUUCAACCUCCCUCCGGCUUUACACUAUCCUUAAUUUGCUUU